GGACGGAGAGCUCGCCCGCUGCUCCUCUAAAACGGCGAGCUUUUGGAGAAGAAGAGUGGGUAUAUUGGGAAGGAAAGAGAGAGAAAAAGAGAAAAAGUUUAAUUUGAGAUCAAAGGAGGGAGAUUGGCUUCUGUGAAUUUUCUCCAGAUUUUUGAGCCACUGUGCUGUAAAAGAUUGGAUUUUGAUUGGUUUUGGUUCCUGGGGCGUCUCGUAAAGAUCGUAAAGUUUUGAUUUUUAUGGAAUUUUUAUUGAUUUUGUAAUUCUAAUUAGUGUGUUUUGAUUGACAAAAGAAGGAUUAAGUGGGUCUUGGUUUUGUUCUUGCUUUGGUGCUGGAUUUACAGCUUUGGGAGUGAAAAAGAUUGGUUUUUGGAGAGGUCUGGAUGACCUUGUACUGUAGCUUGGAGUUGCGUCUAUAGAUUGGGUUUGAAGACAUGUUGGAAGGUCAAUCCUGCCUGAUCUCAAGGGCCUUGCCGAGCUCUUGCGAGCAGGAAUCCAAGUGGGCCUAUAUCACCUUCCGCCUCCUUGAGAUAUCCAAAGGCAAGCGGUCUUUGUGUGAGGAAUCCGGGGAGGUAACCCAAGGUGGUGAUAGUGUCAAGAGGACUAGGAGGUUGCCAGAGGUUUCUGAUUGCCCGGGCAGCCAAGAGAUGGAGCUUCCUGUCAAUGAAUCCAAUCAAGAGGGUGUUACUGGGGAGUAUUCUGAUACAAACUCCCUCAUUCACCCUAUUGGAAGAGAUAUCUCUAUCAAUUGCCUUCUUUAUCAUUGCUCUCGAUCUGAUUACGGUGCCAUUGCUUCACUUAACAGUAGUUUCCGUUCGCUUAUUCGAAGCGGUGAGCUCUAUAAACUUCGGAGGCUGAAUAAGAUCACAGAGCAUUGGAUUUACUUCUCUUGCAAUGUUCUUGAGUGGGAGGCCUAUGAUCCUUAUCGCGGGCGCUGGAUGACUUUGCCUAGGAUGCCUCAUAACGAAUGUUUCAUGUGUUCGGAUAAGGAGUCAUUGGCUGUGGGCACUGAAUUGCUUGUAUUCGGUAAGGAGGUGACCUCUCACAUUGUGUUGAAGUAUAGCAUCUUGACGAAUUCUUGGUCCAAUGGUGUGGUGAUGAAUUCGCCUCGAUGCUUGUUUGGAUCAGCAAGUCUUGGGGAGAAGGCAAUUGUCGCCGGUGGAACCGAUGCUCAGGGGACCAUAUUGAAUUCCGCGGAGCUUUACAAUUCUGAGACACAAACUUGGGUUACUCUUCCUGGCAUGAAUAGGCCAAGGAAGAUGUGUUCUGGUGUGUUUAUGAAUGACAAGUUUUAUGUCAUCGGCGGAAUGGCUAGUAAUACAGAGGUGUUGACCUGCGGCGAAGAGUAUGACUUAGAGAAGGGUGUUUGGCGUAUCAUUCCAAAUAUGUCAUCAGGACUUAAUGGAGCUGCGGGAGCUCCUCCACUUGUUGCAGUGGUUAAUAAUGAUCUCUAUGCUGCAGAUUAUGCGGUGAAGGAGGUGAGGAAAUACGACAAAGAAAACAAUUCAUGGGUUACACUUGGGAGCUUGCCUGAGAGGUCUGUAUCUAUGAAUGGUUGGGGCCUUGCGUUCCGAGCAUGUGGUGAGCAGCUUAUAGUUAUUGGUGGACCAAGGGCGAUGGGCGGAGGUAUGAUUGAGCUUAAUUCAUGGAUUCCAAGAGACGGGCCACCUGAGUGGAAUAUGAUCGCUAGCAAACAUUCGGGAAGCUUUGUGUAUAAUUGUGCUGUUAUGGGCUGCUGAUUUGCUACAUAUUAGCGACAAGCUGGUAUUUGUUUUACAUCAAUUUAGAAAGAGGAGGGCAAGCACUCAUGCAUGGGAUUAGCUUGCUUGAGAUCAUAAAAUCAGUGACACUGCUUGAGGGGUAAACUACUGCCUUUUUUUGAAACUUUCAAAAUUGAACUUAAGAUUCAAUUGCAUGCAGUCUUCUUUGUACCUCUCAUGUUUUAUUUUGGUCUUUGUGUUUUUACAUCAUUUAAUGCACAAUUUGGAAGUCCCUUCACCUGUUGGCAUGAGAGGUCUUUAGAUAUUUAGGAUCAUGCAGCAAAGGGAUAGAUCAAUAAUCUGAUGCUAAUUGUGCUUUGUUAUAGAUUAUUGUACUUGAUGAAAUGUAUUUUAGUUUCACAGAAUAGCCCUCUGUGGUUAAUAAUUUUUUUGCCUCUAUUUGGAGGAAAACUUUAUAAAAAAAAAUAUAAAGAAAUAUCAUGGAGUUUAUAUUUUGGUUC